AUGAUUGGUAUAAGUUUUACAGGAUAUCAGGCUGCCAUGAAAAUGGAUGAACCAGACGUAGCUUUAAGUUACGGUGGUUUUACGUUGACCUUAACGUUUGUUGUCUUCCUUGAAAGUUGGCCGGGACAGCAACUAUUGGAUCAUACUGAUCGUAUUAGUGAAUAUGUUGUGAGAGGAAAAUGGUACCAAUCAUCGUUCACUACUAGAACAGACUUAAAAAUCAUGCUAAUGAGAUGUGUAAAACCAAUUCAAUUAACUGCUGGGAAAUUAUACGUAUUAAAUUUAGAGAAUUUUAGUAAGGUUGUCAAAACGUCCUUUUCAUAUUUCACGGUUUUGCGCUCUGUACAAUAAUUAUUGAAAUUUAUGUUAAAUUCACGAAAAAUAUUAUAGAAUUAUAUAAUUUUUUAGUCAAUAACAUUUUUGUUGGAUCUUGCAAGUUAUAAUGAAAUGCAUUUCGUUAUUCAUCGGAAAAUAAAUUGUGUAUAACUUAUAAAGAAAAGCUAAUAAUAUAUUAAAAUCAUUUAUUAUUUCUAAAAAAAAAUAUAUUUUAACAUUUCAUUGUAAAAGUAUGCUGAUUUUGAUCGUUUAUUUUUCUUUCUUUUUAACUUUUUUCAUUAGUUUUAGAAU